AUGCGGCUUCUCACGACUGGCCGGGAGCGGAGCGCGGCCCUGUCGAGGCCCGCGGCCUUCGAGGCCUCCCUUCGCGAGGCGGUCAGUUUCAUCCGCGCGGUGCGUUACGACGAGGAGGGGGAUCGCACCCUCGUGGUCGUUGCGCUGCUCACUGGGCGGACGCACCAGGCGCGGGUGCACCUCACCGCGUUGGGACACCCCGUUGUGGGGGACGCGGCCUACAUAGGGCUGCGGCGGUGGCUCUGUGAUACAACGGGAUGUGGAGAAGAGAAAGGAAGCGAGGAAGAGGAAGAUAAAGGGAAAGACGGAAAAGAGGAAGAGGAAGAGGAAGAGGAUGAUGUCACCCGGUACUACCGCGGUGUCACAGAAGAGGGUGCGUCCCGUGUGGGGCGGGCGGACGGCGAAAGGGGGGCGUGUGUCUGCCCCGCCCGCAUUUGCCUUCACGCCUGGCGGUAUAUCCUACGCGACGGGGGGAGCGAGGCUGCGGAGAGAGUGCUUGAGUCGCCCCCACCCUCCUGGGCGGUGGUGGAGUGA